GACUUUUUGCCCUCUGUUCCGGGGUCCCUCAGGCGGUCAAGCCAGUUGGCACACGCCCAGGCGGCGCUCCUGCCCCAAGCUCCCUCCCUCUGCCUUUCAGUCCCAGCUGCCAACAUCUUGGAAGGUAUCCCAGGAUUACCUGCCUGCUUAGACCUGCUACAAAAGCUCUGUGCAUCCUGCCAUAGAGGACUCCCAGGAAGGAGCAGUAGUCUGAAAGACUUUAACUACAAGGAAAUGUCAUUCAGAUUUGGCCAACAUCUCAUCAAGCCCUCUGUGGUGUUUCUCAAAACAGAACUGUCCUUUGCUCUCGUGAACAGGAAACCUGUGGUACCAGGACAUGUCCUCGUGUGCCCACUGCGGCCAGUGGAGCGCUUCCGUGACCUGCAUCCCGAUGAAGUGGCCGAUUUAUUUCAGGCGGUUCAGAGAGUUGGGACAGUGGUGGAGAAACAUUUCCAGGGAACAUCACUCACCUUUUCCAUGCAGGAUGGCCCCGAAGCUGGACAGACUGUGAAGCAUGUUCAUGUUCACAUUCUUCCCAGGAAGGCUGGAGACUUUCGCAGGAAUGACAGCAUCUAUGAUGAGCUCCAAAAACAUGACAAAGAAGAGGAGGACUCCCCAGGCUCUUGGAGAUCAGAGGAGGAAAUGGCGGUAGAAGCUGCAACAUUGAGGGUCUACUUUCAGUGACAGGCAAGAAAGUAACUCAAACAAAUCCCAAGGCAUAAGGAAAUGGGCCUUGUUCUCUUGGACUCUGCAGCAUUCGAAAUGAAGCUAAGCAGACUUUAUUACAUCCUACAGUUCUGCAGCCUUUUGUGAAGCAUUUUAUUACGCUUACGGAAGCCAUCGGGGUUAUGUUUCAAUCACGAUGACUGACAGGCUAUCUUCAAAACAACGGCACCAACAGCCCUUCCACACUUCUUUGGCUAUGUACUUAGAAUAGAACCUCCUCUAAAUUGUCCCUUGGACUGGA